AAGAGUUAAGGAGAAGUAGCCUACGUAGUUUCCCGCCAAGACGGUCUGGCAAAUAGCCCUCAAGCCAUUGAGAGAGACGCAGAAAUGGCGCCUGCGGCUGCACCUCUAGUUGAGUUCCCACUUCCGUCAACAGUCGAGAACAUCGAAACCAAUUUCGAGCCGUUCUAUGUUCUUCAUAAAUCAUCAUCUCGGAAAAAUUCGAGAAAAACAAAUCCAUGUGGAAAACUAAGGAAGAAGGCUAAACUCUCUCCAUCUGGUCCCAAUGGAAUCGAGAAUCCUGAGACGGAAGGACGUGACGAUUCUACUCUUGAACAUCUGCGAAUGGAAGCUUUCGAGCUUGUAUGGUCGAGAAUGGAAACCACCAUUAAGGAUGUUUUGAGGGAUACUAAUGUUAAAGUGUUUGAUGAUAUAUGUCGCUGGGUUUAUAAGGCCUUUGAUGCUAUUCGUUCAUCUGGGACUCCUAGUUCAUCUUCAGCUUCUCGGCCUUUUCCUAUUUUAACUCGUGCUGAUUGUAAAAUAUUGUUCACAGGGUUGGUUCUCACUAAGAAUAUGGAAGUUGUGGAUGAUUUACUGACAUUUGAAGAGCUUGGCUCCCAUUUAAAAUCUCAUAGAUGCCAUGUGGCAAGUCUCUCUUCUCAAGAAUUAUCUGCCAAGAGUAGCAUAGACGGCUGCAUCAAAAGUUUACUGAGACAGUUGUUGAAGGUUACUGUUGAUUCUGCUGACAUGUUCGUCCUAGCAUCAUGGUACAGAGAACAAGGGUACUAUGAAAACCCAGUAGUUGUGAUUGUUGAAGACAUAGAACGAUGUUGUGGUUCAGUUUUAUCUGAUUUCAUCAUUAUGUUGAGCGAAUGGAUUGUCAAGAUUCCGAUUAUUUUAAUCAUGGGAGUUGCUACAACAAUUGAUGCUCCUUCAAAUGUGCUUCGUUCAAAUGCACUACAGCAGUUGUGCCCUAGCAAGUUUGUAUUAGGAUCACCGACUGAGAGGAUGGAAGCAGUUGUUGAGGCUGUUCUUCUGAGGCAUUGUUGUAUGUUCAGCAUUGGUCACAAGGUCGCCAUCUUUCUGAGGAAAUACUUCUUAAAUCAGGAUGGUACUUUAACAUCCUUUAUAAGAGCCAUGAAGAUUGCAUGUGUCCAACACUUCUCCAUGGAACCCUUGAGCUUUAUGCUUGUGAGAUCGAUUGUCGAAGAAGAGAAUAAGGGUUUUCAGGAUGGGAACCGUGCUCUUUUCCUAGAAGUUCUAUCCAAGCACGCUUCAGAUUUCCUGUCUGAUUCAAGGUACCCAUUGGUGGAAGGAACUGGUAAUAAUCUUGGUAAUGUAUUGUCAGAAUUAGAGAGAUGGCAGAAGGGCUGGAGUGCUGUUGUCCAGUGUCUUUAUCAAGUUGGGAAGUAUGGCAAAGUUCAAUUGCUUGACUUACUUUGUGAGGCACUCGAUCCACAACUUUUCAAACCAAUAACUUCUGAAAAUUCAAGUAGAUUGCAGCAAGGAAAGGGGAUGUCGUUUUCAAGUAGUUGUGAGCUACAAUAUCAAUUCUCAUCUCGCAAGGAUGGGUAUAUUUAUCAAGCAAUUCGAAAAGUGAGGGAUCUUCCUGCUGAGCUUCUUCAUCAGUUGCUAGUGAGUUGGGAAAAGAUUACUGGCUGUGUUCCUGAGAUCCAUGAAAAAGUGAAAGACUUGCUGUUGGCUUUCAAGCUUGGAGAUGGGAAGAGUUCAGAAAAAGCCAUUGCAGAUGUAUCCAAAAGACAUGCAUCCCAGAAGGACUUAUUUAUAAAGUAUCCAAAGCCUAUGAUUGAGAAAGCUGAGUCAUUUCUUAGUUCAUUAGUGAGUGAACAUAUGAGGCCCAUUGAAUCCGUACCUUUUCAUGAACUUAUCUGCUUCAAAGAUGUCAGAAAACUUCAGCUGGCCUUGAUUGGAGAUCCAAGAAGAAGGAUUCAAGUGGAUCUUCUGGAGUUCCAGAAAAUCAUAAAAUGUACUUGUUGCAAUGAGAACAGAAAUAGUCUUUUACCAUGUGCGCACGAUUCAACCAUUAUGUACAACCUAGCACAAGAGCAUGGUGAUCUCAUCAAUCUCCAUGAUUGGUUCCAAUCGUUCAAGACAGUUGUUAGUCAUCCUCGUACUAAAGGGAAUCACAGGACGAAGCAAGGCUCUACACCAAAGAAAAAAAAAGAUAAACCUAUCCUUGAAAACAAAAGUGAUGCAUCAAUUCAAGCCAGGUUUUGUACUGCUGUUACUGAACUGCAGAUUACAGGGUUGCUUCGGAUGCCAAGCAAAAGACGGCCUGAUUAUGUGCAGAGAGUGGCUUUUGGAUUGUAAUAACUGCAAUUAAUUCAAGCUCAAUGAUGCACACAAAAUGAAUGAGAAUCCUCAGCUUUAUAACUAAGGUUACUAAAAGGCUAUACGAAAAACGUAUCGUCGAGAAUGUAGA